CCCGCAAAAAAAAAAGAAACAACCCCGUCCACGCCUGGCUAUAAAACCGCGCUCCACCAAGCGAACGACCCCAAACGCUGCCCCUGGCCCCCUAUCAUCCCUCCAGCCUCCACCUGUUGUGCGACAAAAAAUAAAAAGGAAAACCCCGAUAGAAAGCGCUUCCAAGAAAAAAGCAGCGCAGCGGGAGAGGACCAGCGGAGUCCGAUCUGGAGUCUCGUCAACCCCCUCACCACCCUGGUUUCUAUUCUGUCAAUAUCGUCACACCUCUUGAUUUUCAGAUGUGCAAUACAUACGGCUGCUCCUUGUAGAGGAUCGGUAUCUGGCUGGAUUCCUGCUGGAGAAGUCAGGAAGUACCUAGAUGAGAAGUUGAGGACUUGCUCUCAUGAUCCAUGCAAAUUUGUUGGCACCUAUGAGCAGCUGCGCGAACAUGCUAGGACAGCUCACUUGCUUGCAAAGCCUGCUCAUGUAGAUAUCUCAAGGAAAAGGUCUUGGGACCGCCUUGAGCGUGAGCAGGAGUUUGGUGAUGUGAUUAGCGCAAUCAGGUCACAAAAUCCUGGUGCAAUAAUAGUUGGUGACUAUGUUAUUGAGACUAGAGAGGACAUGUCCCCCGAUGAAGAUUCUGGGGAAGAAAGUGGUGAUGAGUGGUGGUCUCCAGUCCGAGACCCGAUGGAGUCACCAGAUAACAUGGAUGGUUCCCCUAGGCCCUGGCCGAAUAGAAGGCUAGGAUCAACCAGUAUUUGGGGAGAUGAACAACACGUUUUCCAUAGGUUUCUUCCGCAGCCCAGGCUUCCGCUCAGUGACAGGCGCACCUCACGUACAGUUUGGCAGGGCAUCCGACGGUCAAGCACACAAAGCCUAAUGCGUCGGGGCUUCUCGAAUCAGCACUACAGGCGCAGCAGCAGUUACCAUGGAUACCGCCGCACCAUCUUACCUCGUCCGUAUGCUGAUGACCAUCGUGCAGGUAUUAACAGGAGGCAGGAUGUCCCAGCAUUUGGGCUGCGCAGACGGCAGCGGUUGAGAUACACGCAAGGAAGGCAUGAUACAUCAUGAUCCACUGAAGCAACACUACUUGUCCAGUAUCAAGUUUAUUGGCAAACAAGCCAAGCUAUCAUUGUAAAUAGUGAUGUUUAAGACUAUGUGUCUAUGUUCGGUUUGUUCACGGCAAACAAGCCAAGCUAUCCUUGUAAAUAGUGAUGGUGAAGACUAUGUUCGGUUUGUUCACUAUUCAUCUAUAUCUAUGCUAUUUGUCACAGUUCA